GCCGCGGGGGGGUGGCCAAUGAUGGGUUGGGGAUUGUAGAUGAUGCUGCUGGUUCUACGGUGCCCUACAGUCCCUGUCGUCCAUCUCGAACGCCCGUCCUCUCGCUCUCUCGCUGGUCUUGUGUUCCUGAUGCCUUCGUUUCCUAGGGUUUGCGCGGGUAUCCACGGAUGCGGUGAGGACGGGCCUCGUCACCGGUACCUGGGGCGCCACCACGGCCGUGGCGUGUCAGAGGUGCCGGUACAUCGUCUUUCUAAUGCCUCUGAUGAGGACAUGAAGUGCCAGCGCAGACAGAUUGAUUUGGAUCGAUGGAUGUGAUUUCUGGUUUCUUGUCGGGCAUGAAUUGGCGAUGCGUUGGUAUAUCAUGGAUAUUAGAGACAUCAUAUAUAUAUCCACGAACAGGAUUCAAUUUCAC